AAAAAAAUAACCGAGCGAGGAAUACUGAAGCUGGUGGGUUUUUCAGUUUCAGCCUUUCAGGAUAUCUACGAGGGCUUUGAUGAGUUUUAGGUAUAUUCGAGUCCAUGACUUUUCUAUAACUAAACUGACCUUUCUAUCUAUUUUAAGACAUUGCGGGCUCAUGUCUGAGGAAAUUCGUCAAGAUCCACCUAAUUUACUCUCACUUUCCAAAACCUCCUCAUUUCAAAUAUAGACCUUCCAUCUUUUCAUGCUUACAAAUAUCUCUCUUUCUUUUUUCUGUUUGAUUGUUCAGAUUGUUCAGAUUCAUCUCUGAAGUUAGUAAAUGAUCCAAGUUUAAUAUUUUCUUGCUUAUUUGUUUCUAUUAGGAAUAAUCCUAAUGGAAGGACAGAUGGUAAGAAUGAUUUCAGAGGCUAGAAUGAAUGCGGGUUUAGAAGGUCAUUCACAAGCGAACAGCAGCAGCAACAAUCAAUGUCAUCAGGCGCCAAAUAAUAAGCGACUGAGAAACGAAGGUAUGAGUUCCUCUUCCAUGAGAUUCAAAGGAGUUGUGUUGCAGCAAAAUGGGCAUUGGGGGGCACAAAUAUAUGCCAACCAGCAGAGGAUCUGGCUUGGGACAUUCAAGUCAGAGAAAGAAGCUGCAAUGGCAUAUGACAGUGCAGCCAUCAAACUCCGAAGUGGGGAUUCCCAUAGAAAUUUUCCCUGGACCAGCCACACCGUUCAAGAACCAAAAUUUCAAAAAAACCAUACCACAGAAUCUGUCUUGAACAUGAUCAAGGAUGGAUCCUACCAGUUUAAAUUUACAGAUUUCUUGAGAAGUAGAUCUUUGGAAAUGGGGAAUGACACUGGCCUCAACAUGGUUAGUAGGGGAGGAAGACCUGUACAAGGGGGAGGAAUCAUGUGUCACCAACUCUUUCAGAAGGAGUUGACACCCAGCGAUGUGGGCAAGCUAAAUAGGCUCGUCAUCCCAAAGAAAUAUGCUGUUAAAUACUUCCCACAGGUCUCUGAAGUAAGCUCUGAGGAUGAAGAGGAAGGAAGUGGUGUUGAUGAUGUUCAGUUAGUAUUUCUUGAUAGGUGGAUGAAGUCAUGGAAGUUCAGAUACUGCUAUUGGAAGAGUAGCCAGAGCUUUGUGUUUACCCGGGGUUGGAAUCGGUUUGUUAAGGAAAAGGAAUUGAAGGCAAAGGAUGUCAUUACCUUCUACAGAUGUGAACGCAGAGAAGAAAGCAAAGAGGAAAAGUCGUUUUGUAUGAUUGAUGUAAAUUACAAUCAGGAAGACAACAACGUCGGAUCGUUUGAUGGAUUUAAGGGGCCUGUUGGUAGGGAGAUGGAGCUACAACUUGGUUUAGGACUUUACAAAUAUGAUCAGGAAAAGAGAUGGGAGGAAGAGAAGCUGGUAAUGGAAGUUCCACCACCACCACCACCAUCACCGUCACGACCGGAUGGAAAGGGAGUUAGACUAUUUGGUGUACGUAUUCAUUGAGCGGUAUUUUCGGGAAUUUUGUCUAUAACAUACAAUUUUAGGGUUUAGAGCCAACCCAGCUCAGUUGUGAGAACGCUUUUUUUUUCUAUUUUUUAGGAUAAAAAGUUGUGAGAAUGUAAUCUACACAGUGAUCCUCUAUUUUGCGUUUGAGAGUAAGACAAUGUGAAAACUGAACAUCUAUGAGAAUGAGAAAACUAUACAUAAUUAAACAGGUAAAAAAAAAAAAAAAAUGAGACCAUGUGUAUUAAUGUAUGUAUACAACAAGUCUUCGAAUGUCUUGAGCUCAUGAGUUCAAAUUGUGGUUCUUUCCUAAUAGUUAGCUCAUCAAUCCCAUAAUCCCUGUUUCUCCCCUAAAAGGUUCUUUGCUUUGGGUAUGGGAGAGGGGGGAAUAUUU